AUGAGAAACCAUGAGAAAUCAUCUCAUAAUGACGGGAAGAUCACUCGGUCAGAACUGAGCGGGGUAAAUUUGGAGUCGAAGAUCGGAACGGAGCUGCUGAAGGCAGCCGUUGGUGGCGGGACUGUCGGAGACGCCGGCUAUGGAUUUGAGUCGGCAGAGCUGUGGCAGAUCUCAAGGCGGCAGCAUCGAUCGGGAGCAUCAGUGGCAACCACAUCGAACGGCAGCGGCAGAGUUCGCCGGAUUUCCUCGGAGUGGGUCUUCAGAUCUAGUGGUGGAACCAAAGCUUGUGUAUUUGGAGAGAAAGGGAAGGAUGGUUUUGGCUUCGGAACAGGAUCUUCUGUGCUGGUUCUGUUUUGCACUUGUCCGGCGGAAACUCAGAUCUGGUGCGGCCGAUCUGCAACCAUCAACAUGGUUGAGAUGAACAGCAAGGAGAUGGGUGAUUUGGAGGUGGCGGGUACUUCUAGGUCCCAUUUGGAAGUAGGGACAAGUAGUGGUAGGCCGAAUGUGGAGAAUGUCGAUUACAUGGAAGAUGAUGAUAUGGGUGGACCGUUUAUGGAGGAUGGUGAUCACAUGGAAUAUAAUCACGGUGAAGAUGAUGAGGACUACACAUCGAUAAUUGAUCAAAGCGAUGAAAACCAAUCAAUAUCCGAAGGAAGUCGGGAGAGUGAUGAAGAGGUACGUGCCUCCUUGAGAGACCACGGUUUGUGGGAGAUUGUGAAAUGGGUGCCCGAGCACAAUUGUAUGAAUGUCACCGAGGAAAAUAAUAAUCGCAAUGUGAGCGCAAUGCUUAUUGCGCAUCUCAUAAAGCAUAAGGUUGAGUUGGACUCAGAUUAUGAAGUGAAGCUCGUUCAGGAAGAAGUGAAAGACCGUAUGCAUGUCGAUGUUCCUUACCACAGGGCAUGGGAGGGAAGGAGAAAAGCUAUCGAUCUUGUUUACGGCGACUGGGUUUCUAAUUUUGACAUACUUCUAAGAGCCCGACUUGGUGGUAAAGGGGACAUCACGUACACUGAGAAAUAUGAAGAGAAGAAGUGUUCUUGCAAGAAGUGGCAAGAGUAUAGGUUCCCUUGUACAUAUGCACUAGCUGUGUGUCGGAAGAUAAAAGAUCAACCAGUCAAUACGGUGAAUCCAUAUUUCAGGGUUGUUGCUUGGCAAGACCAAUUCAAUGGGCGCGAUGACUUUUCCCCGGUCCCUGAUAUGAGAAGAUGGCCUAAGGUUGGACGGAGACUCGUUCCUAACUACGAGCGAGUUAUUAUGCAUGCUGGACCCGGUCGUUGGCAAAAGAAGAGAUUUAAAAUGCAAAUGGAUUAUAGGGGUUGCAAAACGAAGGGUGAAUGUUUGAGAUGUGGCUCAAGGAAUCAUUUCACCAAUGCGUGCCCAAAAUCACAAAAGAAAUCCGAUAGGACAAGGCUCAAGAUCAAUUGGGACCCCGAUGAGUACCCGUUAAUCAAUGAUAUUGAUCGCUGGAAUGCGAUACACCCCGGAUGCCUUGGGACUGGAAAGACAUAUGAUGAUUGGGUGCAAAAACACACUGAGUCUUCAAAUCUCAGCGACAUAUAUCAUCUCGCUGAUGCAGCCUUACGGGAAAAUGCAAGCCUCGGUGGUAGUCUAGAGGAUAAACUCUUCCAAAUCUUCGACAAGAGUUUCAGUGCCCUGACUUUGGGCUCACGUGAUAUGAGCACUCAGUCCGAUACUCAAGUUCUUCAGAAAAGAUCCCCAGAGUCAAGUCAAAAUGUGGUGCUCACGCAGAAAACAACAUCGAAGUCUACUGGAGGAGGAAGGAGGAAGCGACCGAGAAUUUCAGAUCGAACAAUCAUAGUUCAUCCCAAUCCAACUCCGAUGCAAGAAGAUGAUGAAAAUGAUGAAGGCAAUGAAAGCGAUGAGGAUUACUACAUUAGGGGCGAAGAAGAAGAAGAAGAAGAACAAGAGUCCUCUCCACCUCGUGUUUCUUCCCAAAAGAAAAAGAAAACGGUCGAGGUUCGCAAGAGUGAUGGGGUUAGUAAACCGGCCAAGAAGUAUACUCCCGGCGACGGGGCUAUAAGGAAGAAAAGGUCGUCAAAGUAA